AUGCAAAGGAGGUUUUUCGUGUGUGGAAUUUUACUUAUUUGGAUAAGUUACAAUGAAUCUGUUGUAUUUAAAUUUACAAAUGCAGUUUGUGAGUCAUAUAACAAAUCGUGGAUUAUCAUAAAUCAAUGUCGACUACGUGCGAUUAAUCGGAAUAAAACGGUCUUUAAUUUGAGAGUGACAGCAUUACAUCCAAUUGAAAAAGCAAUGGUUGAAUUUCAAGUGUUUAAAAGAGAAAAUGGUUAUAAACCUUGGCUAGUUAAGACAUCUUGGGAUGCAUGUCUAUUCCUCAAGAGAGCAUAUAAUCCGUUUGCUAUCAUGUUAUAUCGCAUGUUCAGAGAUUUCACAAAUAUUAAUCAUACGUGCCCCUUUGUGGGUGAUCUAAUAGUUAAAGGAUGUUACCUAAGACCAGAGUUAUUGGGCCUCGUAUUACCAACUGGGGACUAUCUAGUAGCAACAUCUUGGUUUACAGAGAAUAAGAAAUUUCUUAUAAUUAACGCACAUUUUAAAUUUACAGAAGAUUUGUAA